AUGUAAGAACAGGCAUGAAAAGUUGUUUGGCGUCGAGAAAACGGGAUGACUUUAGAGCCUGCUGUGUUAAAUGACCGGCAGAGGUUGACUAAAAGGUUAUUUCAAGCCAGGAGAUCACAGAAAGGAAGGGAAGAGGAUGCAGGUCGCUUGUUUAGGGCACAGAGAAAGCAGCAGAGGGAGAACAGGAAAGGUGCAAACAAUGAGGGAAAAGUUGGGACCACAUUAGAUGGACGCCUCUUGCUCCGGUUACACCACAUAGACGAGCCAUCUCAGCUCUGCUCUGUCGUCAUCAGUGACCAGAAACUGAAUUCUGUGGAGCCAGAGGAGCUUAAGGCCUUUACAAACGUAGCCUACAUCAAUGCGUCCGAUAACUUCCUCUCUUUAGGAUUGUUCAGCUGUUUCCCGUCUUUGAGAGAACUUGAUCUGUCUUUAAAUCGAAUCAGCAACAUGGUCUUUGAUGCUGCUGCAUUCCCUCACUUGGAGGUCUUAGAUCUAUCCUACAACAGAUUACCACCUGAGGAUUUACUCCCUCUCGGUCAGAUCCCAUGUCUUAAAACUCUUCAUCUGUCUGGAAAUCGGCUCCAUAGUCUUCCUCCUGGUUUUGAUUCCACUCAAGCGGAUCAGUCUGAUAUGUGUUUUGAUCAGGGAGCCAAACAGUUUGAAGCUCUUGAAGUCCUGAUGCUUGAUGACAACAGAUUGACUUCUAGUGUUUUCUACAGCCUCAGGAACCUUAAGAGGCUGAAGCUUCUAAACCUACAGGGAAACCGUAUUUCUGAAAUACCCCAUUUGGAGAUGCAGGAGAGUCCAAAUCUGGGAAGGCAAAGUGAAGAUGAAGCCCACACAGAGUCUAAAAUCGACCACCGUCUCCAGAUUAUAGACUUCUUUCACUCAGAGAGCGAGGGAGGCUUUAGAGGCUCCAGUCCGUUUCUGCCUGAACUUCAACGCCUCAGUCUAGCUGACAACAAGAUCAUGUCAGAGGAAGCUCUGGUUCCUGCGGCUCUUUUCCCCAAACUUUGCGAAUUAGAUAUUCACUCUAACCCUCUGAUCAAAAAGAAAAGAGGAGACAUACCUUUACUGACCUACUACCUUCAAGAAAAACUUGGAAUAACUAUAAAGAAAAAGAUGGUUAAAGAUGUUCUGAAGUUUCCCCACAGGAUGUCUACUUAUCCAGGAUGGGAGGUUGAAGAAAGCCUCUCAGAGCUGUCACACAGGGCUUUUAUACCGGAUGCAGCGCAUGUGAGACACAGGCAGGGAAUCAGAGGUAGUAGGAGAGAUCGGGGAACAACGCGGUCCGAGGACAAGAAUAAAAAUACAUGUCAGGAAAAAGCAAAACAAUUCUUUAUUACUCAGAUAGAGGGUAAAACUGAGCUCCAGCUGGAUUCUUCUUCUAAUCAGAAGGAAGCUGCACAAAACAAAGAGGGAAAUAGAAUCAUGCCGAAACGACCCACAUGCUACGACAUGAUAAUGGAUGCCAAACCACUUCCCUAUAUCGGAAUUCAAACAGCUGUCUGGAUGCUGGAGCGAACACUAAGGAAGCCGAACAUCUACAGAGACUCCAAACCAAGACUUGAUAGCAUCCAGACACCAUACAGAGAAAUGAAAAAGAGGAUAAAGGACCUGCCACCUCUGAAACCGAUAAAACCACCGACUCAAAGGGUUGAGGAGUUGAUAAAGGAAAUGAAAGAAAGUACAACAGUCAAAGUUGUAGCCUUAGGCACUGCUAUUCACAACAAAGAAGUUAACAGAGCAGAUUAUCAAGAAGCUGUAUGUCUGCUGAGGGAUCUAAAGAAAAAACACAAGAUGGUCUAUGAGAAAACAAUGGAACAAGAAUCCAGGGUUCAGUUUGAAAGACGCAGAGCUGAGCAUCCACCUCUGUAGACGACGUUACUUUGAGUGAAGUGGAAGAAAAUAAAACACUUGUCAAAGACAACAAGUCACGAUGACCUUUCUUUUUUCUAAUACCGGUAAUAAAGACAGAUUCUGCACAGCUUAUAAAGAUCCACAGAACUGAAUGAAAGAAAAAGCCAUGCAGUGGUUCUGCAUCCACAGUAUAAAACUUCAAAUUGAACUCUCAAGCACAAGUGUCUGCAGAUGUGAUUUCAUCUGCAGAAAAUGUAUUUAUCUAAGCUGCCUUUUUGUAAUGUUUUGGGGCAGCUGCUUGCAUCGCGGCUGUGACCACAGUUAAUCCACUAAAUAUGCCUCCUAUACAUUUU